UCACUGCGUCAUUCAUUGCUUUUUUCCUUUUUCUCCAUUAAACCAUUUUUGCCUUUUUAUUAAUACAAUUAUACUUUUUUUCUUCUUACAAGUUUUCAGUUUUCUCAUUCAUCAAAAAACCCAUUUUACCAACCAAAACCGCUCCAAUUUUCAUUCCCCAAAAACAAAACCUUUUUCAUAUGUGUUGAGUUUUUGCCUCCUUUUUAAUGGCUCUUACUCUUCACAAUCACAAAACCCUUUCUUUCACUCUAUACUUUUAUACCUUUUCUUUUCUUCUUCUUCUUUUUCUGUUUCUUCUUUUUGCUUUUGCUUCUGCUUCUGAUAACUCACAAUCACACCAUGAUUUUUCUAUCAUGGAUUCUCAAUUCGACUCUUUUUCUGUUGUUGCUGCGUUUGUUGCUCAGUCUCUCUUUCUCUUUGCCUCUUCUCUUCUCUCUCACUCUCUCUCUCACGAAAAUCUUCAUCGCUCUCUCUCAACAACUCCAACUUCAUCGCUUUAUCUCCAUCGAUCUCUCUAACUCCAAAUCGAUCUCUCUCUCCCUCUCUGAAGAUUGUUUUCUGACUCGAUUUUACUCUCUCCAAACUUGAUCUAUCUCUGUAACAGAGAAAGAAUAGAAUUUGAAUAAUAAAAUGGGGAUCCGAUUUGUGUUAAUGGUGAACAAACAAGGUCAAACCCGUCUUGCCCAAUACUACGAAUACCUCACUGUUGAAGAAAGACGAACCCUUGAAGGUGAAAUCGUUCGCAAAUGUCUCGCUCGCAAUGAACACCAGUGUUCAUUUGUCGAGCAUCGCAACUACAAAAUUGUAUAUAGGCGCUAUGCAUCUUUGUUUUUCCUGGUUGGAGUUGAUGACGGCGAGAAUGAGCUUGCUAUUUUGGAAUUUAUCCAUCUCUUAGUUGAAACUAUGGAUCGGCAUUUUGGCAACGUGUGUGAGCUAGAUAUCAUGUUUCAUUUAGAAAAGGUACAUUUUAUGUUGGAGGAAAUGGUCAUGAAUGGGUGUAUUGUGGAGACAAGCAAAUCGAAUAUUCUGACUCCUAUUCAGCUGAUGGAUAAAACAUCAUCAUAAGAGACGCAAAAGAAAAAUUUCUGUAUUUCUAUGUUACUAUUAUCUGUUACUGGUGUUAUUUUAUGUGUACAAUCAAGUGAAUAAUCUCCAAUUUUCUUUAUGAAUAAAAUACUAAAGUUCGUAUUUAAUUUUCCCCCCUUCCUCCUUGAUUGUAUUGUUUUGUAUUGAUUAUUUGCUUAAAGUAUUUAUGAAAUAUGAUUUUGAUCAA